UCAUUAAAAAAAAAAUCGCAAUUUCAUUUUAUAUCAUGGACGAUAUGUUCAAGCUCUAUCUCUCUUUGGGGUUGCUGCUUGUAUCGCAUCAAAUAUUAGGAAUUUCGUGUAACGAUCACGAGUAUGAUGAGCACCCGAGCUGCUCGGGAAACAUGUCCGCGAGCGAUGCGGAGAGGGUUCGGUUCGCGAUGAACCUUGAAUUCUUUGAGGCCGAGUUUUUCCUGGAGGGCGCCACGGGGAAAGGGCUUGAUGCCUUCAACAAGACACUCGCAAAGGGUGGACCCCCACCGGUCGGAGCCAUGAAAGCCAAUCUCGAUCCCAUAACCAACAAAAUCGUCGAGGAGUUCGCUUAUCAAGAAAUCGGCCACCUUAGGGCCAUAGCGGAUAUGGUGGGAGGGAUCCAGAGGCCGCUGUUGAAUCUGUCGAAAGAGAAUUUCGCGACGACCGUGGAUAGAGCGGUUGGACGGAAAUCAGAUCCACCGUUCGAUCCGUACGCGAACUCACUCAACUACCUCAUAGCGAUGUAUAUCAUCCCUUAUGUCGGCCUCACCGGUUAUACCGGCACCAUUCCUUUCCUCGUCGACUUCCACGUCAAACGGCUGGUGGGUGGUUUGUUGGGGGUGGAAUCCGGACAAGACGCGGCCAUAAGAACGCUCCUGUACGAGAGACAGCACGAGAGGGUCAAGGAGUACGGAGGAGUCUCGGUGGCUGAGCUGACGGACCAUUUAUCGACGCUGAGGAACGAGCUUGGUAUGUGCGGGAUCAAGGACGAAGGCUUGUCCGUGCCUCUGUGGCUCGGGGCCGAGAACCGAACGACGAGCAACCUCCUCUCGGCCAACCAAUACUCGCUGUCGUACGGCCGUACGCCUCAGGAGAUCCUCAGGAUUGUGUACGGCACAGGGGACGAGCACCGUCCCGGCGGCUUCUUCCCUUGCGGAGCCAACGGCGAGAUCGCGAGGGGGUUUCUCGAGAAAGGUCCACGCUAUGGUUAUGAUGGUUGUGUUGUCAACCAUCAUUAAUCGAUUUUAUCGCAACUUGUACUGUAUGUGCCAUAUGCGUUGUAAUGUUUGUUUGUGAUUUGGUUCUACGGCGAUGAGCUUUGUACGUUUGCGUUGAAUAAAUGGAUAUCAUUACAUGAUAUCAUUCCGAUGGUUAUAAAAUUAAAAUUCCAGUGUUUGUAAAA